AUGGCUUUGUUCGCUUAUCGUAGCGCAUCUCGGGAAGGACGAUUGGCAGGUGGGAAGGUUCCUUACAGACGGGCCGCCAAGCUGCCGAGUGCGAGAUCUCGUAUUACAAUACCCUCAACCACACCGGCGUCUUUUGGUCGGCCCUAUGCACAGAAUUAUCGAUGCCUCGGAGAAAGAAUUGCCAAGUUUGCCAGAGAGACAUCUUCAAGACGCUAUGAGCAACCUUGGAAGCACGGCAUCGGUUUCAUCCAUACCGAGAUUCAGUCAUACGGCGCCCAAGUUGGUCAGCACUCUGUUGAUGUGAGCUGA